CCCGAAGCCGGCUGCUCAUUCUCGAAAACCGGGCCGAGUCUCAGUCUGCCUUUGGCGGCUUGGUGGUGCGGACGAGCGUUGGUUGUUGUGCACGGUCGUCUUCGUAGCGUGUGCGGGCGCGCGUGUUUGUGUGUGCAAAUCGAGAAAUACGCGUAGUAGUAGGGGGCGUGCGGCCCUGUUUUCCAGACGUCUGCGCAAGCAGACGCGAAUGUCGCGUCGUGGCGCACGGUCGUCGUCUGUCACGUAGCUGACACAAAAGAAUAUCGUCGGCCAACAGGUCGUCUGCUGCCCGCUCGACGUCCUGAAGUGUGCUGCACCAGAUGGUCGCUUGAACGUGUUGAAGAAGCUUGUACCAUACCGUCUGUUACUUGCUCGACGUGUUGAAGAAGCUUGCGCCGUAUCGUCUGUUCAUCACAAGAAGUUCGCACCGUAUCGUCUGCUGCUCGCUUGAACGUGUUGAAGAAGUGCACACCACAUCGUCUUUUACUUUCUCGACGUGUUGAAGAAGUGUGCACCAUAUCGUCUAUUCGUUGCUUGGUCGUGUUGACGUUUGCACCAAAUCGCCUGUUACUUGCUCGACGUGUUGAAGAAGCUUGCGCCGUAUCGUCUGUUCAUCGUUUGAACGUGUUGAAGCAGUUUGCACCAGAUCGUCUGCUGCUCGUUUGAUACCUUGAAGGGUGCACCCUAUUGUCGUCUGCUUUCUUGACGUCUUGAAGGGUGUCACUAGCGGUGGUGUUGCGCGUAGUGAACCCGUCUGAUUAGCCGUUGUGUGACUUGGGAACUAACCUCCCUGCGUGCUUCGAAGCUGUUUAUAGCCCCUGCCCGUCUUCACGUGAUCGACGCAAAGGCUCGACAUCUGCGCUGAAAUCGAGGCUUUGUUCUUUUGUCUUCGUGGCCAUCUCGGAGCGUUCGUUUUUCCGUGCCGAGAAAAGAAGGGCGCGCCCAUUUGGUCUGCAUUGUUGUCGUCUGAUCAGAGCCAAGUCUGGUGUCUCUUUUCGUGGACCAGUCAAUCAUCAUGAGGAUUAACGGUCACAAGGAGGUUCGCUUCCAGGACACCUGCGACGAUGGAGGUGGUGGCGGAGGCGUCAGCCAAGAGCAGACGACGCACGAAGAAGAGGACAUGCUGAACCAUGACGAGCUGUCCCUCCAGGAGCGGGUCAGUGACCUCGAGAAGAAGAGCCUCGAGCAGGCGGACGAGAUCACCUGCCUGCGAAGCACCAUUGCCGACCUGCUCAGGCGAAUCAACCAGCUCGAAGGAAGGGCUCCUGUCAUCACCAAUUCCAACAGCCACGCCACAACGCCAACCAAGGUGUCACCGUCCUUGCCUCAACAUCCGGCUGCCGUCCAGAAUCGCCAUACGUUUCACAGACAGGCGAGCAACAGUUCCACGUCGUCCUACACAGACGGGGUGACGGCGCACAAUGGCAACCACCACCCAACGCACACUUCGCCAGGGGUGGCACCCCAGCGCCGACUCAGCUACUUUCCUACCGCGUCCACCAGCUCACUGCACAGUGAGGGUGGCCAGAGCUCGACGUCAGCGUCGCCCGUCCCGUCUCCGGCGCCCUCGUCGUACCGCAGCUCCCCGUCUCCGCGGCAGACACCCUCUCCGAACCGCCACAUCUCGGCCUCCACCUCCAACCUGUCCGCCAUGAAGCGGUGGAGCAGUAGCUGCAGCAGCCAGGACUUUGCCACGGCCAACAGACGCAUUGUAAGUGGUGGUUCCAUGUACAAUCUGCCCAUGCGGUCUUCCUCGGGGACUCUCUAUAGACAUGGCACAAGGGAGGCCCAGCUCAAUACAGAGGACGGCACCGUACGAAUGUACCUACGUGGCCGACCCAUCGUGAUGCACAUUCCGAGUGAGCAACUCCACGACUACAGUCUCAUGAAGGUCAACAGUGCACCAUCGCAGAGGCUCAAGCUGGAGUGGGUGUACGGGUAUCGGGGCCGUGACUGUAGAGCCAAUCUGUUCCUCUUGCCCACGGGAGAGAUGGUGUACUUCAUAGCGGCCGUUGUGGUCCUCUACAACGUGGAGGAGCAAAUUCAGCGGCACUACCUGGGACACACGGACGACAUCAAGUGCCUUGCAGUUCACCCAAACAAGCUCCUGAUCGCAACAGGUCAGGUAGCAAGCAUAGACAGGCGAGAGAGGAAGAACCGGCGCGCAGAGAUAAGGCCGGAGGAAGAGGGUUUUAUGCCCCACGUCAGGAUAUGGGACUCCGUCAGCCUCAACACGUUGCACGUCAUUGGAGUUGGCGACUUUGAGCGAGCAGUCAGCUGCAUUGCGUUCUCCAAAAUGGAUGGUGGCUCCAUCCUGUGUGCAGUGGACGACUCGAGCGAACACACCAUCUCCCUCUGGGACUGGCAACGAGGAGAGAAAGGCGUCAAGAUUACGGAGACAAAGAGUGCCUCAGAUGCAGUUCUGGCCGUGGAGUUUCACCCGAUGGACCGGCACACCCUGGUGACGCUUGGCAAGGGCCACAUCCACUUCUGGGACAUGGAGGGCGGGACGCUCGCCAAGAAGCUCGGAAUCUUCGAGAAAGACGGCCCCGGCAGUGGUGAUACUACUGUCACAAGCAGAUACCUGGUGAAGAGCAACAAGCCCAAGUACGUGCUCUGCAUGACCUUCACCGAGCUUGGUGAACUGCUCACCGGUGACUCCAAUGGAAACAUCAUGGUCUGGCAAAGGGGCUCCAACAAGGUGUGCCGGACUGUAGUGGGUGCCCAUGACGGUCCACUGUUCUCCAUCUGCGCCAUGAAGGAUGGCACGAUUGUCACGGGUGGUGCGAAAGAUCGCAAGGUGGUCCAGUGGGACUCUAGCCUCACGAGGACGGGACAGGAGGCCAAGCUUCCGGACAUGGCUGGUGGGAUUCGAACCCUCGCCCAGGGCAAAGGCAGCAUGCUGCUCAUUGGGACUACUCGCAACUCGAUCCUUCAGGGAACGUUCAGCCUCAACUUCUCCACUGUCGUGCAGGGCCACACGGAGGAGAUCUGGGCGCUGGCAGUUCAUCCAACGCAGAACCAGUUCGUGACGGGCGGCUACGACUGCCAGGUGCAUCUGUGGGACACCCUGUCGCACUCGGUUGUCUGGAGCCGGGACCUGGGCGAACAGGCACAGGCUGCGUGCUUUUCUCCUGAUGGAAGUGUUCUGGUGCUCACAACGCGGACGGGUCGGUGGAGCGUCAUCGACUCAUCGACGCGGCAGCUCUACUCGAUGCACAGCGACGGCACCGAACCCAUUGACGCCGUGGCAUUCUCGCCGAAUGGCCAGCUCCUAGCCCUCGGCUCGCGUGACAGCUUCAUCUACGUGUAUCAAGUCAGCGAAGAAGGCCGCAAGUACAAUCGCAUCAGCAGGUGUUCGGGUCACUCGAGCUUCGUCAUUCAUCUGGACUGGGCAGUUGACAGCACGUACCUGAGGUCGUGUUCUGGUGACUACGAGCUCCUCUACUGGAAUGCCCUGGUCUGCCGGCAAGUCACCAACAUGUCCAUCACCCGAGACCUCAAGUGGCACACGCAGACGUGCACCAUUGGCUUUAGUGUCUAUGGUAUCUGGCCCGAGAAUGCUGAUGGCACGGACAUAAACACGUGCUCACGUUCCCACUCGGGCCGACUACUUGCCACUGGUGAUGACUUCUGCAAAGUCAGGCUGUUCUCCUACCCUGCCUCCCUGCCCAAGUGCCUGAGCCACAUGUACGGCGGCCACAGCAGUCACGUGACGGCAGUGGACUUCCUCCCCGAUGACAACCGGCUCAUCUCUCUUGGUGGACGGGACUGCGCAGUGCUCCAGUGGGCCGUCGUCUGAAAUCGCAGCUUGCACAAAAACAAAACAAAACAAAUGGGGGUCGAACCCCAUGCUUCAAAGUCACGUGACGAGGAGUUGCGACUCUGCAGUCCAGGACGACGCGGGAUGACGCGUGAAAAGCGACUGAAGAGCCCUUCCGGAAGAUUCCGCUAGUGUAGACUGUCCCAACUGGUCCCCCGAGGUGUCGGCGCACCGGAAUUGCGGAGAAGGUCCAGGCGGGUGGCCCAAAGAGCGUUCCAAGGGUGGCUACGAAAGGCGCUUUGGUUGUCAUGUUUGUGUGUUUGCAGCCUGUGAUUGUCAGUGGUUAGUGUGAAGUCGUGAGUGUCUUUUGUAUCAUGUGCCUCAGUGUGCUAUUGGGUGGGCAGUCGGUGGAGGCGAAUGUGCAAGGGUGCUUUGGCAAGCUUGCCACGCAAGAACCGCGCAAACGUGCCUCAAAAUUUACUGACUGAAAAAGUUACGUCUUUUCUAUUGCUUGCUGCCAUUGAUUGCAGGUCCUGGGUGAAAUAAGCUUAUACGCGUCGCAGGCUGCCAGUGUAAGCGGUUGUUUCUUCAGUUAUUGGACGUGAACAUAGAGUUCAGCACUGUAAUCGGCUUUCUAUACAAAAGCAAACGUAGGUGCAUUUGGCAAAACUAUCCGUAUGCUGACCCGGCUAAUGGUGGUUAUCGUCGAUUCAGUGGUUUUUAGCUACUUCAAUGAUCGUGAAAACACUUCUUUCUUGGUAAUCCUUAAACUGACACUCGACGUGCCGUCGUAAGUAUCGACUGCAACUGUCAUCUGUUCCGGCAAGCAGAGGUAGCCCCAAUUGUUUUUACCAGUUAUGUAGGCCUGUACGUUUGUAAUAAAAUGCCAACGUAUCAUCAUCAGGAUUUAACCGCGCACUGCCCACUGCUGUCCUUGUCAGGUAUGUGUCCAAUUGCAGUUCGAGUUGCACGUUUUUUUAUUUGCGAGUUCAUUUUCAUCACGCCUCGCCCCAUCUGCAUUUGAGCAUCAUUUUCUGUUUUGUUUUAUGAGAUCGUUGCUUGGCAAUCACGUCGCCAUGCACUGUCGUCCCAACCCAUCUGUUCUUGUGCGUACAGUUUAAGGUCCCCUGCUAAUGGUGUCCUCAGUCUUAUUUUUUAUCUUUUAAUCCAAUCUAAGCACGAAGACAGUGACAUGCUAAUGGGAUGAUCACUGAUCAUCUAUCACUUAUCACCUGAUGAUGAUCAUCAUCUGAUCACAUUCUGUUUAUCUAAGCAUGGUGAUCAGUGACAUGCCUCAACUACAAAGAAUGUGCAAAGUUCUCGCAUUGUUUGCCUGUGUGGGUCAGCAGAGUUCCACAUUUUCCUUUUUUUUUACGGGAAGGUUUAGCUCAAAUCAUCCCAAACAAGUUCCAUGUGUUCCAUAGGUAACAAGUUCCCUUUCCACUGCAUGCACCUUCGUCACCACGUGUAGCUGUCAUUCCUUUACUUUUUAAGUGACAAGCUGUUUCAAGUACGAACCUAGGUGCUGACGAUAUCAGACGUAAGUUCCAUCAGACUGUGCAUUCUUUCCUCAAUUGACCACUUGUAUGGAACUGAGAAUUGCACACUUGUGCAACUUUUCUAUAACCAGCCUCACUCCUUUCAUACGCGGAUGUUAUGGUAGUUGUGCCGGAAGAUAUGGCAAGUAUGUGUAGCUUUGUGAAGUUGGGAUUGGCUGAUACUUUCAAAUUUUCUCACUUUAUGGCACGACGUUUAAUUCGGAUUACUUUGUCUGCUCUUGCAGCACCUCUAGUGUUCAUUCAUUUAUUUCCAUUGCUUGGUGAGAUAAGCACACUACCCUUAUAGAUUUCGAGGAACUGCUGCCAAAGGAAGCUUCUAUUGACUUUGGCUUUGGCUUUGAUGUUUUUGUUGUCUGUAAUGAGAGAGAGAAAGGGACUGUGAUUUUUCUCUUGAAAUUUGACACACCGUUGUACGAAACAACACAGGUGCUUUGCGAAAGCCAUCCACGUUGGCAAGUUGUACUGCUGUCCAUUUUGACUUCGAGCGUGCCUGCUGGUUUGAGCUUGGUGUAGGUACGAGCUCGGUGUGUGAUAUACGUAAAAAAAAGGGUGCGCUUAACGGCAAUAGGGGAGGCACGUGAGAACGCCUACGAUGAUUCAGGUUGUGACCCACUCUCUCGGCGUCUGCUACAGUGUGUUGCAUGUGCAUAUGUUGCUCUGAACACCCACGGUGUUUACCUUUUCAGCUGCCGUGCCGUCAUUUUGCAUUUGCCAUUUACUGUCUGGCCGGAAAAAAAGUUCUGAGACAUCGAGUAUUCAAAGUGUUUGUCCCACAAGAUAUUGUGACGCAGUCAGUCAUACUUGACGUUAUCGUGACGCUGUCACAUUCAUUGCGGCGCAUCUUUGUGUGAAACUGAUACGUAAAGGUUCAGUUCGGCAAGUUGGUUCCAUCUAUGUGUGUGUCUGUCUGUGCGCAACAUUUCUCGCACCUGCACGUCACCUUUGUUGCGUGUGGUUUGCCACAGUACUUUGACUAAUAGAUUGUAGUAUUUACAGUGCACAUUCGUUCCCGGUGAAAGCUUUGCGUGUAAUGCUAGAACUGCAUUUUUAGUGCAACAUGUUGCGCAAGAGCUGUGAGGAGAUGCAUACAAAGCGUCCGUGUCAGUUAAAUUUUUAUAGCGUUUUUUACCUUUCAUGUCUUUUUAUAGUUCACUAGCAGACACUUUCAAUGCAAGUUACGAUGAUUGUGGCUACAUUAGGGUAUAUUUCACUUGCCAUGUAUAACUGCACAUUCCUAUAUUGCAGUAAUUCCUUCCUAUAGUGAUAGCUUCGAAUCACUAUAUUCAUAAUUUUUCAGUUGAAGCAUAACUUCACUCGCCAAUAGUGAUUUGAUACCUUUAAUGGAACGUUUAGGCAGUAUCAAAAUAGCUAUUGCAAUGAGGUGAGCCUUGAACUGUCUUGCACGUUUGGCUUAGUCGGAGUGUGAACAAACUAUCAAGCCAUCUUUCUAGCAUUUUUAUAGAAAGCGUUUGAAGGUCUGAAAUGCAUGAAAUUUUUGAGAGCUUGUCUUAGUAUAAUUGCACGUACAGCAACUAUAUGUCGACCACUUGCGAAAUCACAUUGCUUAUCUUUUGGCUUUAUCUUUUUGCACAAAUUUUUUUGAGCAACACUGUUUGUUUGGUUAGGAAUGUGGAAGUCAUUCGUAUCAUCAGAAUUUUCUGUUGUUGACAUGUUCUGGAUGUGGAACAGGUAUUUUUUUUUUUUUUUUUUUCGAAAAGUCUCACGUUUCAUCUACUGCGCUAAGAUUGCGUAUAUCCGAGUGCUGACUGCUGUAUCUUGCAAGAUUGAAGUUGUUUGAAACGAAAUGUUUGCCAGACUGGUUUUUUUAUACUUUCUUUCUUUGUUUUCGUUCCUUCUCUUGGCAGAUGUUGUGUAGCAUGUACGGUGAGAUUGCGUUGAAGAGUACUCGCACAUCGACAGCUUAGCCUCCGUGGCACGGAGAUUGGUGGCAUCGCCGUUACACUUUCGUUGUAAUUAACCUAAUUUUGUUACAAGCCUGGUGCAUUCAUUAAUUGCAUUGCAUGCCCAGGUGCAGCUGUCCGACCCUUUUUACCAUUCAAUCAAAACAGCCUGGUAAAAGCGUGUGCAAAGUGAAUUGAGCAAUACUCUGCGAGCUUUUAUACAGCAAAGUGCAUCUAAAGUUGUGCUUGUAUACCGGUGCUUGUUAGUGUUUCCCAAAUGCGUGCACACCUUUUCAACACUUCGGUGCGGUCUGUCCGAUCCAUUUAUGAGCGAUGGUGAAACCAUUUCUAGCAGCAGGUCUGUUUGUUGCCGGUCCCCGGUGAAGUAGGCAUCUCUAACAGCGGGUCAUCGUCACGUAAAAGAAUGUUGUCUUGUUUGUGCAAUUGGUCAGAGGCUGUAUCUUUCGUGGAGUGAAUGACAUGAUCUAAUUAGCUCACGUUUGUCUUACGUCUGUUGUUGUUUUAUCGCUUCUACAGUGAAUGAUAAGUUUGCAGCUGUUUAUGCUACUAUUCUUACCUUUCAAAGUGAGAAUGUUUUUUUAGCACUGUUUACAUUUGUUGCAAUGUUUUACCGAGUACUUGUUUGUUUUGUGGUGCAUGGUACGUAAUGACCGUUGUCCGAUAUAUAAGCACACUGACAUUCAUCUUUCAAAUUUUGUUUUGCUCAGUUACUUCGUAGCAUCUUAAAUGUAGUACAUUUAAUUGCACACAAUAGAAUUCCUGCAAAUGGUGAAUUUCUAGUGUGUGACGUUGCACUUGUAAAAAUAGUACGUAUCCGCACUCGGCAACUAACACAUCUUUCUGGAAAAGCUUACUUCACAGUUUUAAUUGCUUGCGCUGUAUGCCCAACAGUCUUGGGAUUUUAGCAAAGCCUGGAAGGCAAUUAACGGGUUGUCCUGAAAAAAUUUUUGGCAGGGCGCAGCCGUUCAUUUUUCUGUUUUCAGAUUGGAUGAAGAGAUUUUCCUUGUGAUCAUAUUGAUGUUUUUAAGCAGCUAGUUCACCUGACACAUGCAAGGUUCUGUUUGGAACAGUGUGUGCAAGCAUCUGAAGCAUGUUUUGGAUUGUAUAUGGAAAGAGGGUUUCGGAUUGUACUGCGUGCAUUGUAUGUUUGAGAUGCUUGUGGAACACUGUCUGUUGUCUUCUGAAGUGCA